AAUUCUACCGACGAAGUUUCCACAUCUCGCUAUUAUUUUUUCUCAUUGAAAAGCAUUCUGCCUCACCGACACCAUUCUCCUCGACACACCAGCACCAUCGACGAUUUCCAUUUGUUUCAUUCGUGACAGUCGUUGGCAACCACAAAGAAAAAMACGGCCUCAAMAAUUUCGAGCGAAAUCAAUCUGUACUGCAACAGUCGCUAUCAAAACUCCCGAACGAGCCCAUCGACACCGAACAAACCAAAUCCAUAAGCAACAUGACAACUUCCACAGGAAUCGCCGCGAAAUUGGCACGUCCCAAUAUUUUAGAGCUCCAGCCCUAUCGUUGCGCUCGCGACGAUUAUUCCAACGGCGUUUUAUUGGACGCAAACGAAAACGCGUUUGGCCCUACAUCGCUUCCGACUAAAUCCUUGGACCCCUAUGAUAAUUCCAACACACUCGAACGAUACCCAGAUCCCUACCAGAGCAAACUAAAGGAAUUGUUCUGUCGGGAACGCGGAAACGACCUCCAGCCCUCGAACGUCUUCGUUGGUGUUGGUUCAGAUGAGGCCAUUGAUUUGCUGAUGCGAAUUUUCUGCACCCCGGGUACCGGCGGAGACAACAUAUUGAUCACCCCGCCAACCUACGGCAUGUACAAGGUUUGUGCCAAAGUCAACGACGUGCAGAUUGUCUCGGCUCCGCUGACACCCGAUUUUGACUUGGAUAUUCCAAAGGURYGUUUCAAURAAUCAAUUCUUUACURUAACCCUUCUUUCGAAAAGCGAAAAUAUUUUCCCACGUCUUUCAAAARUAGGAAUUCUGACUUUCUGCCCUUUCUUCAAAACAAUAUCACKAUAUCACACCAAUUACCACUAAGACGUUGGAAGCCGUUACCGAAAAGACGAAGCUCUUGUUCAUCUGYAGCCCCGGAAAUCCGACCUGCAAAGCGAUUCCCUUGUCGGAUGUCGAAAAGAUUGCCUCCGAAACGGAAAAAUAYCCMGGKUUGAUAGUCGUCGACGAAGCUUAUAUUGAUUUUGCUGGYGAAGGGGCUUCGGCCGUUUCGCUGUUGAAAAAGUACAACAAUAUUGUCGUCUUGCAGACCCUGUCGAAAGCCUUUGGGUUGGCCGGUAUCCGGUGUGGAUUUUGCAUCGGCCCUCCCGAUGUCAUUCAGUUGAUGAACAAUGUCAAGGCUCCGUACAAUGUCAACUCCUUGACCAGUGAGGUUGCCAUCAAUGCAAUGAACUCAAUGGACACACUGCGCAAAAAUGUGCAGAGCACCCUGGACGAACGAGCGAAGGUUCGCGCGGCGCUCGAAGCACUCACGAGCAUUGUUGUCAGUGUGUAUCCAUCCGAUUCUAAUUUUUUGCUKUUCCGUGUGAAGGACGACCUGAAGGCGAMCGAUGUCUACAAACGCAUGGCCGACACCGGGGUCGUGACGCGAUUCCGGGGCAACGAAAUGCAUUGCAACCAGUGCAUCCGAGUGACGAUCGGCACCCCGGAAGAGAACCAGAAGUUCUUGGCCUCACUCCAGGCGACAUGGAAAGAACUUUUGGAGGCAAAAUAAACAGAACKUGGUUGGCGGUCCCAAGAUAAAUUCAAUACCUGCUGCUUAACAAAAUGGGAGCAAAUAU